CGCUACAACGAAAUCUCCCACACCGCAUCACCUAACCUCAGCUAUUAACGACCUCAACGCGGACAGUGUCAAAUACUUCCCAUUGGAUUAUCCUGGUGACUUUUUCAAAACGUAUAUCGAUUCGAGAUUUUACGCCGGCCACAAAUUGGAUUUCAAACAACAAAAUUGUGCCGGCGGCCCGGGUUCUGGUGGUGGAGUCGUCGGCAAUAACAACAACAGCCAUCCAACAGCGGCGGCCACAAAUCAUUUGUCCGCCUCAGCGUCGGCACCGUUGCACGGUCUAGCGGCCCAUACGGCGGCCCAUCAGUCGCAUCACUCCCUCUUGAAUACCCAUCACGCAUUACAACAACAUCACCAACAACAGCAGCAGCAACAACAACAACAGCAGCAACAACAUCAAACCACACCAUCACCUUCCAUACAAUCCAAUCAACAGCAACAACAACAAUUGCACUCCAGUGCAGCGGCCUCAAAUAAUCCCACAUCUCUGGGUUCGCUGAACCCCUCCAUUGCCACCAACGGUAGCGGUAAUCCGCCGGGAGCCGGCAACAGUUCACCUGCAACAGCCGGUAUCCAUCCCACCCAGGAUACCCACUCCUCGUCGUCGGUACCACCCGUUGCAACCUCACUGAGUGCUCCCUCCCUGCCGCACAUAGCACCCACUUCCCUGGGUCUCAGUCCCCAAUCCUCGGCCGAUUCCCAGCAAUUUAACAUCUUCCCUGCCAUCUUUAGUCGACAAUUGAAUUUUUCGGCCGCCGCUGCCGCCGGAGGCUGUGGCCAGGGAAAACUCACCAUGGAUGAGCUACGACCGAAUCUAGUCGGUGGCCUUUUGGGCCUGCAACAGGGUCUGCUGGAGGAUCAUGCCGCCAGCAUGCAACAUGGUGGCGGUGUGCCCCAGGACACCAAGUUCAUGUCCUUUCAAGAUAAUCGCCUAAUGGGCAUUGGUUCCUCACACGAAAAUCGCCUUCUGGGACUAAGCUCUUCGGUACAAGACAGCCGCUCGCCCGCCGCCACCACCUCCAUUGACAAGAAUCCCCUCAAUCAUCAGCGGAAGUGCAGCAGUACUCCGGAGGAUUUUAGUUCAUUGUAUUCCGGAUUACCCACACCUGGCAUUGAUUCGUCGUCGCAUCAUCACACACCCGCUCAUACGCCGCCAACAAGGCUGUCGGACCACACGAUAUCUGCGGAAGGUGCUUUUAAGAAACUGAAACCUGAACCAAGCACGGGCCUUUCAUCCGUUUCCAGCGGCAUAACAUCACCAGGAAGUGGUCUAUCAUCGUUAAGUCACCAUGCCGGCCAUACUCCAACCACAGCAUCAUGUCCAACGCCAGCGAGACGAAGACAUCGAACGACAUUCACACAGGAACAAUUAGCCGAAUUAGAAGCAGCUUUUGCCAAAUCGCAUUAUCCCGACAUCUAUUGCCGAGAGGAAUUGGCGAGAACGACAAAAUUGAAUGAGGCAAGAAUACAAGUUUGGUUUCAAAAUCGUCGCGCCAAAUACCGCAAACAAGAAAAGCAAUUACAAAAAGCAUUGGCACCAUCUGUGAUCCCCUCAUGCAAUGGCAUGAUGAGAAAUAUCCAAGGCUACAGUGUAUCACGUGGCUAUCAACCAUAUCCUCAUCAUAAUUCAAUAAAUCGUUAUCCUCAGGAUCUUUUCCAAAUGGGAGCCUCAUCAUAUCCGGGUAUGUCACAGCCAUUCUCAAUGGCGCACGGUACCAAUAUGGGUUCCGUUGGAGUUCGUCAAGAUUCAAUGGGCAUGUCACCCGAAGAUGAAUGGUAUAACAAAAGUUUAUCAGCGUUACGCAUGAACAGCUCACAUCAUCCGAACCUUUCUGCACCAAUGCUUCAGUACCAAACAUAAUCGAAAACAUUUGACGAUUUCUUUUAAAAUGUAAAAUAUUAUUGAAGAACCAGAAGAAGAAGAAGAGAAAAAACCUAACCAAAAAAUUUGUUGCGCACAUUCAAAGUUACUACCGCUGGACCCACACAACUGAGAAUAUUUUACAAUUUAAAAGAGAUGCGUCAAUGCCAAAACGGCUAUGCCACGAAAAAAAAAAUACAGAAGAAGUAAAAGCUUGAAUUUUCCUUCGAUCAAGCCACAGCAAGAAAAUAAUAUUUAUAAAUAUCCUCAACAAGAAACAAACAAAAACAAAAAAAAAAAUACAUAAAACUAAGAAUUAAAAUUUUAUUGUUAAUAAUAUCGUAAUAGAAGUAAUAAAAUUAAUUAUUAUUAUUAUUACAAUAAUAUCUAAUCUUAAGACUAUGAACAAAUUGUAAUGUAAAAUUUAAAGCAAAAACAAAAAAAAAACACAAAAACUUUGUAACUUCAAUAGCAUUCAAAAGUUGUUUCCUAAACAAAAUAAUAUUUCACAACAACUCUCUUCUAAACUCUUAAGAAAAACAUGUAAUUAUUAUUUUUGUAAAUAUUUUAAUGUUUCUAUAUCACAACAACAACAAAAAACGAAAGAAAAACAAAAACACAUCUGUAGUAGUAAUGGACCCCAAUGGUGAAUACAACCAUGGCAGUGUAAACAACAUUGCAUUACCAUGAGAUCACUGCUGCAGACUGCAUCUAAAUUGGUACAAUAGCUACAAAAUGGAACUGUAACAUUGUGACACCAGUGAUCCAAGGGAAAUGCAAAUGUCAAUAUUUUGCCCAAAGUUCGAAAAUAUAACAGUUCACAAUUUGAAUAUUCAAUAGAGAUAGA